AUGAACCACAAGAUGUUCACCAAGGAGCUGGACCAGUGGGUCGAGCAGCUGAACGAGUGUAAACAGCUGAACGAGAACCAAGUGCGGACGCUGUGUGGGAGGGCUAAGGAAAUUUUAGCACAAGAAUCAAAUGUGCAAGAAGUUCGUUGUCCUGUUACUGUCUGUGGAGAUGUGCAUGGCCCAUUCCAUGACCUUAUAGAACUCUUUAGAAUCGGUGGAAAGUCGCCAGACACAAACUACCUAUUCAUGGGUGAUUAUGUAGACAGAGGUUAUUACUCUGUGGAGACUGUGACUCUUCUUGUAGCAUUAAAGGUUCGAUAUCCUGAAUGCAUUACAAUAUUGAGAGGAAAUCAUGAAAGCCGACAAAUUACCCAAGUUUAUGGCUUUUACGAUGAAUGUCUACGGAAGUAUGGAAAUGCCAAUGUUUGGAAAUACUUUACAGAUCUAUUUGAUUAUCUUCCACUUACAGCUUUAGUAGAUGGACAAAUAUUCUGCCUCCAUGGUGGCCUCUCUCCAUCCAUAGAUACACUGGAGCAUAUAAGAGCUCUGGAUCAUUUACAAGAAGUUCCACAUGAGGGCCCAAUGUGUGAUCUGUUAUGGUCAGAUCCAGAUGAUCGUGGUGGAUGGGGUAUUUCACCACGUGGUGCUGGCUAUACAUUUGGACAAGACAUUUCUGAAACGUUUAACCAUGCCAACGGUCUCACACUGGUUUCUCAUGCUCAUCAGCUUGUAAUGGACGGAUACAAUUGGUGCCAUGAUCGGAAUGUGGUUACUAUUUUUAGUGUACCCAAUUACUGUUACCGUUGUGGGAACCAGGCUGCUAUCAUGGAACUAGAUGACACUUUAAAAUAUUCCUUUCUUCAGUUUGACCCAGCGCCUUGUCGUGGAGAGCCUCACGUUACCAUGCGCACCCCAGACUACUUCCUGUAAAUUCCUUCUGAGAAAACCUUUCUUUGUAUGUGGAAGUAUACCUGGCUUUCAGUGAGUGAGUGAGUGAAUGAGUCAGUGAGUGUGUGUGUGUGUGUGUGUGUGUGUGUGUUGUUUAAUACCAAACAAAAAGACAACAGUAAUCUUUGUGUUUCUGUAACAAAUUGUGAUCUGUCUUGGCAUUAAACCACAUCAUGAACCAAAAUGUGCCAUACUAAUGAUGAGCAUUUAGCACAAUUUGAGACUGAAAUUUAGUACACUACGUUGUA